AUGUACAUUACAUGUAAUUACAUUAUCGAAGUGCCACCUAGCAUCAGGAAGGCCCUUAUCAAUCAAGGACGAAUAUAUAUUAAUUGGACCUCAUGCCCAGUCAGAGACUUUACAAUAGUAACAAGAUGCUUCAACUGCCAGCAGUUUGGUCACUCAGCCAAAUUUUGUCGUGAAAGUUGCCCUACAUGUAACUACUGUGGAGAGCUUGGGCAUUCCUUUAAAGAAUGUAAUAACAAAGCGCACGCCCCCGUUUGCGCGAGGUGUAAACGUUUUAAAAGAAAAUGCGACCACAAAACUGGUGAUGAAAGCUGUCCAGCACGUAAAUUCGCAGAGGAGAAAUAUAUCAACUCCAUAGACUAUGAGGGCGCCUAA